AUGUUCCAGGUGGUGGUGCUGGCGAACGUGACGAGCGUGGGCGUGCCCCGGCGCGGGCAGGUGGUGGUGCUGACUGGCGCCAGCUCAGGACUGGGCGAGGCGCUGGCGCACCGACUGUACGCCGCCGGCUGCCGGCUCAUCAUCAUGGCCAGGAGCGUCGACCAGCUGGACAGGGUGCGCCAAGACGUCAUGCUCGCCCACCAGCGGGAGCUGGUGUACCCGCCGGUGGUGCUGCCGCUGGACUUGUCCGACUCGGACGGCGUGAGGGCGGCCGUCGGCAAGGCUCUGCGCGUGUUUGGCCGUGUGGAUGUGCUCAUCAACAACGCCGGCGUCAGCUAUAGGGGAGAGGCACUGCACACCGAACUUGAGGUGGACGCUCGCCUGAUGCAGGUCAACUACCUCGGCCAGCUGGCCGCCAUCAAGACAGUGCUGCCCUCUAUGGUGGAGCAGCGCAGCGGUCAGAUCGUGUGCGUCAGUUCGGUCCAGGGACGCCUCGCGCUGCCCUACAGGUCGGCGUACGCCGCCUCCAAGCACGCGCUGCAGGCGUUCUGCGACUGUCUGCGCGCCGAGGUGGCCGACCACAACGUGCACGUGACGGUGGUGUCGCCUGGUUACAUCCGCACCAGCCUGUCACUCAACGCGCUGACCGGCAGCGGCGCUGCCCACGGCAAGCUGGACGCCACGACGGCAGCCGGCCUGGAGCCGGACGCGGCCGCGCGCCGCCUGGUGGCAGCGCUGGUGGCGCGCCGGCAUGAGACGCUGCUGGCGCCGCUGCGCGACCGGCUGGCCGUGCUGCUGCGCGCUCUGCUGCCGUCCGUCUUCUUCCUGCUAAUGCGGCUGCGAGCCCGGGCCGGCACCGGCAGACCCAGCUGAUGACUGACAGACGGACCGGGCUCACCUGGCCUGUGUCGCUCAGUCCAGCAGGCGGCUACCGCGGGUCAGAACAGUCAGCAAGCGUUUACCCACUUCAGGGCGGUCAGGAGGCGGUUACCCCGGGUCAGGGCGGUCAGCAGGCGUUUACCCCGGGUCAGGGCGGUCAGGAGGCGGUUACCCCGGGUCAGGGCGGUCAGCAGGCGUUUACCCCGGGUCAGGGCGGUCAGGAGGCGUUUACCCCGGGUCAGGGCGGUCAGGAGGCGUUUACCCUGGGUCGGGGUGGUCAGGAGGCGUUUACCCCGGGUCAGGGCGGUCAGGAGGCGUUUACCCCGGGUCAGGCCGGUCAG